CAGCACUGUACUCGUACAGUCACUUUUGUGACGGCACUGUACUCGUACAGUCACUCUCGUGACGGCACUGUACUCGUACAGUCACUCUCGUGACGGCACUGUACUCGUACAGUCACUCUCGUGACAGCACUGUACUCGUACAGUCACUCUCGUGACAGCACUGUACUCGUACAGUCACUCUCGUGACAGCACUGUACUCGUACAGUCACUGUCGUGACAGCACUGUACUCGUACAGUCACUGUCGUGACAGCACUGUACUUGUACAAUCACUCUCGUGAGCACUGUACUUGUACAGUCACUCUCGUGACAGCACUGUACUCGUACAGCCACUCUCGUGACAGCACUGUACUCGUGACAGCACUGUACCCGUACAGUCACUUUCGUGACAGCACUGUACUCGUACAGUCACUCUCGUGACAGCACUGUACUCGUGACAGCACUGUACUCGUACAGUCACUCUCGUGACAGCACUGUACUCGUACAGUCACUCUCGUGACAGCACUGUACUCGUAAGUCACUUUCGUGACAGCACUGUACUCGUACAGUCACUUUCGUGACAGCACUGUACUUGUACAGUCACUUUCGUGACAGCACUACUUGUACAGUCACUUUCGUGACAGCACUGUACUUGUACAGUCACUCUCGUGACAGCACUGUACUUGUACAGUCACUCUCGUGACAGCACUGUACUUGUACAGUUACUCUCGUGACAGCACUGUACUUGUACAGUCACACUCGUGACAGCACUGUACUUGUACAGUCACACUCGUGACACCACUGUACUUGUACAGUCACUCUCGUGACAGCACUGUACUUGUACAGUCAUUCUCGUGACAGCACUGUACCCGUGCAGUCACUGUCGUGACACCACUGUACCCGUACAGUCACUCUCGUGACAGCACUGUACUCGUACAGUCAUUCUCGUGACAGCACUGUACUCGCACAGUCACUCGUGACAGCACUGUACUCGUACAGUCACUCGUGACAGCACUGUACUUGUACAGUCGCUCUCGUGACAGCACUGUACUUGUACAGUCACUCUCGUGACAGCACUGUACUUGUACAGUCACACUCGUGACAGCACUGUACUUGUACAGUCACUCUCGUGACAGCACUGUACUCGUACAGUCACUCUCGUGACAGCACUGUACUCGUACAGUCACUCUCGUGACAGCACUGUACUCGUACAGUCACUCUCGUGACAGCACUGUACUCGUACAGUCACUCUCGUGACAGCACUGUACUCGUACAGUCACUGUCGUGACAGCACUGUACUCGUACAGUCACUGUCGUGACAGCACUGUACUCGUACAGUCACUCUCGUGAGCACUGUACUCGUACAGUCACUCUCGUGAGCACUGUACUCGUACAGUCACUCUCGUGACAGCACUGUACCCGUACAGUCACUCUCGUGGCAGCACUGUACCCGUACAGUCACUCUCGCGGCAGCACUGUACCCGUAAGUCACUCUCGCGACAGCACUGUACCCGUACAGUCACUCUCGCGACAGCACUGUACCCGUACAGUCACUGUCGUGACAGCACUGUACCCGUACAGUCACUGUCGUGACACCACUGUACCCGUACAGUCACUGUCGUGACACCACUGUACUCGUACAGUCACUCUCGUGACGGCACUGUACUCGUACAGUCACUCUCGUGACGGCACUGUACUCGUACAGUCACUCUCGUGACGGCACUGUACUCGUACAGUCACUCUCGUGACGGCACUGUAGCCGUACAGUCACUCUCGUGACGGCACUGUACCCGUACAGUCACUCUCGUGACGGCACUGUACUCGUACAGUCACUCUCGUGACAGCACUGUACUCGUACAGUCACUCUCGUGACACCACUGUACUCGUACAGUCACUCUCGUGACACCACUGUACUCGUACAGUCACUGUCGUGACACCACUGUACUUGUACAGUCACUGUCGUGACACCACUGUACUUGUACAGUCACUGUCGUGACACCACUGUACUUGUACAGUCACUGUCGUGACACCACUGUACUCGUACAGUCGUGACGGCACCUAUUUUGAGAUUUUGGGAUUGUGCUGACUUGAGAUGUCCUGCACGGGGACGCAGUGUAAAUAAUAUACUGAUGAUGCUGUAUACAAAGUAUUGCUAUUGUGCUUUAGAGGCUGUGUUGGUUGCAAACUUAUCACGGUUGGCUACGUAUGUUGCGAAACAAGCUAUAAAUACAUGAAUUCUUAGCUUUGAUAAGUAAAGGUGACACUGGGUGAGACCGAAUCUUCUUCGGGUGGCCAGCUGCUUGGAUUGGACCCCUGGGCAGUCUGGGAAUCGGGUCUCUUCGGGUGACGGGAAUUUACUUGUGCCGAGAUCUCGCAGCGGCGGUGUGAACUUUAUUGCGAUUUACAACGCAGUUCUGAUGUACCUUGGGUUGACUGAAAAAAACCCAAAAUCUGGAUUUGGUUUACAGUGCAAUAACGGUCGCCGAUGUAUUUCUUGAUGGCACGCCACGCACAAGGUCUAUCUGAGACAAAACCCCAGAGCGCCAGUGGAGAUGACAACAAUUGUGAUAUUUUGCAAGCUGCUGGUGUCGGCUCUGACGGUGCAUUGAGGCUGGCGACGCCGCUGCCGCCGCCGCUCCGUCGAUUCCUGGGCAAGGCGGUGCACGGCAAGGGGGGUCGGGUUGGCUAUGGACGCUGAACAACUGAAGAGGAGCGUGCGGCAGCUGGUGACCAGCCACGUGGAGGUUGGCCUCCUGUUUAAGGAGAUUGCAGACCUUGGUUUAAGCAAUGACAUUUUGAGCACGGAUCCUGGACGUUUAAAGGCCCCUGCGGUCAUCGGCUGUGCAGUUUCAGGGAUGCAGGAGAUCGUUAAGGAGCAAGUGGCAGUCACAGGUCUCUGUGGUGAUGUCCUGGCCGCAAAGCUCCUGGCUGCCGAAGUGCUGAGCAUUCUGGGAGUGCGCAAGCCCACACGGAGCGACAUGGCCCACACCCCACAAGACCACACCAAGUGUCAGGCGCUGCUGGAGCCCGAGCAGAGAACGAGGCUUGUGGCGGUGCUGGGCGCGUGCUCAGAGCUGCUGAAGACCACGGGGCUCAGCCGGCCUCACUUCCUGCAUCAGCUGCAGCAGCAACAGCUGGGGUGUGUGCCGCUGGAGCUGCUGUGGUGCCUUCACGUCGCGGACGUCGUCCCCCUGCACCACUCCCUGGCCAGCUGGAGUGACGAUGCAGCAGCUGCAGUGCGGAGCUGCGUGGCCUCCUCGCUGCUGGAGCUGCUGAGCGUCGUGCCCGGCGGCACCGAGAACCCUCGGCGCGAGACGCUGCAAGGACUUCUGGUCGAACUGGUCCGGGUUGGGUAUGGAGAUGCCGGCCAGGAGACAGGUCAACAGGUUUGUGUUCAGAUACUGGAUCUACUCCUACACGGCUGCACGGCGGAGCUCGUGAGCGGCGCGCCACCGCCGGCCCCGGCUCGACGCCUUCCCAGGCUGAACCCCUGGGAGCUCGUCGCCCUGAGUCCUUCCGUGCCUCUCCCCGCACUGCGCACAUUCUGCUCGCGCCACCUCUCUCUCCUCCUCAGCCACGACCCCCGGCUCAAAGUUGCCGACGCUGUGUCUCGGCAGGCAGAGUGGAGCUUUGCAAAGAUGCCGCCGUUUCUUUUUGAUAUUUAUAGACAGCUGAUGCUGCCGUUCGGCGUGGAGGAGCUGAUACCUCAGUUUGAGAGCAUCCUGGGUACACAGGAGUUGAACUGGCCGGCCGUGCUGUCCUGUGUCUCCGCACUGCUCGCGUGCUUCCCAAAGGCCCACGUCCUGCUGCAAGACAUGCUGCGGAGGCUGCUGACGCAGGCGUUCUGCAGUUACGAGGUGGAGAGCCUCGUUCUGGCGCUGCUGCUGGCACGCCAGGCAGCGUUGGGUGCCGCUGGGGGGUUUACCAGCUACACGCGGUGGUUCCAGAGCUCGUUCGGUGACGCCAAAGGGUUCCACGUGGGCAGCAAGAAGUCGCUGUUGUUCCUCCUCAAGUUCCUGUCGGAGCUGGUGCCAUUUGAGCCUCCACACUACCUCAAGAUUCACAUCCUAAACCCCCCGUUUGUGGAGCUGAAGCAACGCGCUGCGCUGAUGGAAUACGUGUCCCUGGCGAGGACCAGGCUCGUCGACCUCAAGGAGCCCAUAGAGGAGAUGGGUCUCUACGCUGACCCAGUCGAAGACCGUCGCGUGCAGGACGGAUCGAGCGCCCAUCACAUGGAGGAUGACGUGGAGAAGACGCUGGUGGCAUUUGAGCGCACGGGAAAGAUCCCGUCUAGUGUCAUGGAGGCGAGCAUUUUCAGGAGGCCAUAUUUCCUGAUGCGCUUCUUGCCAGCCCUGCUGAAAACGCGCCGUCUUCCUGACGACCCAGAUGUUCGCAUGGUCUUCAUCGAGGCCAUGAGGAGAGCCGACAAGAUUCCCAGCCACAUGUUCAGAGCCUACGUGGAGGCAUGCAGCAUGGCCGAGAUCCAGCAGCAGCACGGGCAGCAGGACACGUUGCCCGUGGGAGGAGUUCCCUCUGAACCGAUGGACGUCGUGCGGCAGAGCCUGGAGUCACUCCCCUCUGUCGCCUCCCUUGCAGCCAGGAGCCCGGACACACAGGACGCAGUGUCACAUCUCGUGCUGCUUGUGGAUGAGUACCUGCGGGAGCUGCAUGGGGCCGAUCCUCCCCAGGAGCUCCGCCUGGGCCCUGUUGCCAAGGAGCACCUUCAGUUGGUCGACCUGCUUCUCAACAGCUUCUGCAAGGCGGUGACUGGUGUCUGUGCCAUGCACCACGACUUCAGGCUGCCUGACUGGAGUUGCCGGUUCGUGUUGAUGCUCGCGGGCCUGAGCUGGCUUCACAAGCCGCUACUCAGCAGAGUGUGGGCCCUCCUCCUCAAACAGGGCCAGCAGCUAAGCGAUUGCCACAUACUGGGCCUGGCCGCUUUGCUGGCGCUCAUGCACCGGUACUGCAGCUCCUUCCCGCCCGUGACAGCCCUGCCUGCAUCCGCUGCCACCGACCCUGCAGAGCCGCUCCUGCAGGCCGUGCCGUUCACGGAGUGCGUGGGCGCGGCGCUGCCCUGUAGCUCCGCCGUGGAGAUGCUCCUCUCGUUGCGGCUGUGCACGGCACUGCUCUCCUUCUCUCUUUCCGGUGCCGGCGCUGAGGACACCACGCUGAGCAAGAACUUCACUAAGAAGUUCCUCUUUCUUGCCGACCGAGUGAGUUUUCCUCGGAAAAAGGGGACAUCAGCGGAUGGAUCUCCCUCCCUGCAUCUUGAUCCCUUUUUACCACAGCUGGCCAAGCUGCCGCACAUUUCCGGUGUGGAGGCUGCGUGCAGCGUGCUGGCCUCAUCAUCGUCGCUGCAGCGCUCGCUCGAGCAGCACGGCCCUAGGCUCGGCUUCAGCGAGUGGCUGCAGAUGGAACUGCGAGUUGAUUCGGAGCGUGAUUUUCUCACUCACACAGAGCGUGUACCCCGCGUGCAUCCUCGAGGCCAUAAAAGUUGGCCAGGACGGGCUCUGGGGCGAGGAGAAAUUAAAAGUGUCGGGUUCGAACACCAGCGCUGGAAGAUCUUCACUCAAUUCCUUCCGUGCCCCGUGGCUCAUGGCGGCUGUGGCAGCUCCUACCACGUGGCCUGCAAGCUCCUCCUGUCCACCCUGCUCCAUACACAUGCCCAGCCGAGUAAGGCUGGGGGUCGUGACCUCUCUUCCCCAUGCAAUCGCAGCAGCAGCUGCUUCUCCGAGUUCUUGUGCCGGCUGCAGGAGGUGGCGGUUGAUGUGGAGGUUCCGUCCACAUCACUGGGCGACGAAGUUCCCCAGCACUGGCUGCUCGAGGGACUGAGGGAGAGCUUCCAGCAAUUAGACGAGUGGCAGGCUGCAGGGCAACAGCAGCAGGCCGAGAGUUCUGCCACCCCCGAGCAAGAAACACUAAUGCACUCCUUUGUGAGGGUUCUGUUGGGCUUGCCUGCCGAGACCUUGCUCACGAGGCCUUCAAGAGACGACGCCAGCCUUCGUGACCUCUUCAGCCUGACCAACAACGAAUUAAGGGCUUUCUGCUGCGAGGGCUCCAUACUGCCUCAGAGCAUCACUCUGCAUAUCACAAGAGGCAUACUGCUCAAGUGCUCGCGUUCACCGCACUGCUACGAGGCUGUGGCCUCCGUGUGGCUCCAGCUACUGAAGUCGUCGCCCCUCCUGUUCGUCUCCAUCACAGGCUGGUGGCUUCAGCUGAGGCCCGUGCUGUCCGUGCUAUGUGGCCACUCGCCCUGGAAGGCCGGAUUGCCCAAUGAACUCCUCCGCCUGGAUGAAGCCUACUCCUGUGCCCAGCAGCUCGUGCAGGGCUGUGUUGGCUCCACUGUCACCGCGGACGUCCCCGGAGACAGAGCGUGGGCCUGGGCCGUAGCGCUGCACCGAGUGGCCGGGAUGGCAGCCGCAGCCAUUCUGCGCCGGACGAGCAUCCUGUCGGUGAACGUCCUUGUGGCUCUUUUUCAGCUCACCCUCGGGGACUCGCUGAGCCUCACCCUCUGCUCCAGGUUCACAGAAGACAUCUGGAGAGAGAAGCUCGUGGAGCUGAAUGUCCUCGCACUGGAGCUUGGAAGGAGAGGAGUCUCGUGGGUUUCAUUCUUUAAGUCUGAAGCAGUGGAGUCCAGGUUGGACUUUGGGCGAUGGAGAAACCUCAACUCGGAUGCGCUGCUUAAGGGAGCCCCGGUGAUCUUCUUAAGCUUGCUGGAGGCUCUUGUGGGCACGUGGCUGGGGGGGAGCUCCGAACCGGCUCUGCAGCCAACUGUGACUGACGUGGACCUCCUGGUGGUGGCCGUGGAGAUGCACUCAUCCCUCGCCUCCCUCUUCGCAUCCCCGCAGAGAGAGAGCACAGGCAGCCUGCAUUUGUCAGACACGUUCCUGCCGUUGGAUCUGAUUCACAGGAGCAAGCAGCUGCUUUUGAGGCUCGUUCCCCGGUGCCCCUGCCCAGCGCGCACACACGAGACGUGGCUGACAGCUGUUGACCCAGAGCUAAGGGCUGCCCUGGACCACUUCUCGCAGAGAAGCUGACAUGGAAGCACAAAAAUCCUCCCGUCUGUGCCCAUGAGCACACCAAUUUCAGCUGGCCCACCGAGUGGGCUGCAAUGGUGGCGAGAUGUUCACUACCUCGUCUGGUAUACAAAAGGUUGUGGGUUCGAUCCCAAGCCUGACGCCUGCUGUAUAUUUGGAGUUUACGUGUCUCUCUCCCUG